AUGGUUGCAUCUAGUUCACAAUCAACAUCAACAGUUGUAUCAACAUUAGUUGCAAAUUUAUUAUUAUUUGGAACAUUUGUAACUUGUUUUUUAAUAUUAAGAUUAAAAUUUAAAAGAAUUUAUAGUCCAAAAUCUUCUUUUAAUUUAGUACCAGAAGAUAAAAAACCUGAACCAUUACCAAAAGAUCCAAUAAGAUGGAUAUUUAUAUUAUUAACUAAACCUCAAUCUUUUAUAUUACAACAAGCUGGUUUAGAUGGUUAUUUUUAUCUUCGAUACUUGAAAAUAUUUGCAUAUUUAUUUUUAUCUGGUUUAUUAAUUUGGAUUGUUUUAUUGCCUAUUAAUGCAACUAAUGGGAAAGGUUUAAGUGGAUUUGAUCAAUUAUCUAUUGCAAAUGUUGAACAUGAAAAAAGAUAUUAUGCUCAUGUAUUAAUUGGUUGGGUAUGGUAUGGUAUUAUUAUGUUUGUCAUUUAUAGAGAAUUAUUUUUUUAUAAUUCAUUAAAGAAUGUUGUUUUAUCAUCACCAAAAUAUGCAAGAAAAUUAUCUUCUAGAACUGUUUUAUUUCAAGGAGUACCAGAUAUGUUAUUAGAUGAAAAACAAAUUUAUAAAAUUUUCAAUGGAGUUAAAAGAAUUUAUGUAGCAAGAACUGCAAGACAAUUGGAGCAUAAAGUUCAAAAAAGAGCAGCAAUGGUUAAUAGAUUAGAAAUUGCGGAAAAUAAAUUAUUAAGGUUAGCUGUAAAAGCUAAAAUGAAAGCUGAUAAAAAAGGUAUUGUGCUUGAACCAGCUGAUGAAAUUAGUUCUUAUGUACCAGAAAAGAAAAGACCAAGAAUGAGAACUGGUGGAUUAUUCUCUAAAAAGGAAGACACUAUAAGAUAUUGUAAAGAACAAAUUCCAAUAUUAGAUGAAGAAGUUAAACAAUUACAAAGAAAAUUUAGACAUCAAAUUCCAUCAAAUUCAUUAUUUGUUGAAUUUGAAAAUCAAUAUUAUGCACAAUUAGCUUUUCAAUCAACAAUUCAUCAUAAUCCAUUGAAAAUGUCACCUGCUUAUAUUGGAAUUGAACCAGCAGAUAUUAAUUGGAUUAAUUUAAGAAUGUUUUGGUGGGAAAGAAUUACAAGAAGAACUUUAGCGAUUUCUGCAAUAAUUGCAUUAAUUAUAUUCUGGGCUAUUCCAGUAGCAUUUGUAGGUGUAAUUUCAAAUUUCACCUAUUUAACAAAUAAAUUACCUUGGUUAGCAUGGAUUGAAAGAAUGCCAAGUCAAAUUUUAGGUAUUGUUACUGGUAUUUUACCAACUGCUAUGUUAUCUAUAUUGAUGCUUUUAUUACCAAUGUUUAUUCGUGCUGGGGCUAAAAUUGCUGGUGCUAUAUCUUAUCAAAGUAUUGAAUUAUAUACUCAAACUGCAUAUUUUGGUUUCUUAAUGGUUAAUGGUUUUUUGGUUACUGCUUUAGCUUCUUCUGCAACUGCUACUGUGACUCAAAUUGUUGAAAAACCAACUUCUGCAAUGAAUAUAUUAGCUGAGAAAUUACCAUUAUCUUCAAAUUUUUAUAUUUCAUAUUUAGCAUUACAAGGUUUAACAAUUUCUAGUGGUUCAUUAUUCCAGAUUGUUGGAUUAUUUUUAUAUUAUAUUCUUGGUUAUUUAUUAGAUAAUACUGUUAAAAAAAAAUGGAAUAGAUUUAGUGGAUUAGGUACAAUGUCUUAUGGUACAACUUUCCCCAUUGCAACUCAAUUAUGUUGUAUUACAUUAGCUUAUUCAAUUAUAUCACCAUUAAUUAUAGCUUUUGCUUGUGUUGGGUUCUUUUUGUUAUUUAUUGCUUAUUGUCAUAAUUUACUUUAUGUAUUUGAUGAAUGUCCAGAUACAAGAGGUCAACAUUUCCCAAAAGCAUUAUUUCAAACUUUUACUGGACUUUACAUUGGUCAAGUUUGUUUAUUAGGUAUAUUUGCUGUUGGAAAAGGUUGGGGACCAAUUGUUUUACAACUUAUUGGAGUUAUAGCAACUGUUUUCAUUCAUAUUCAUCUAUACCAAGCAUUCCAUCAUUUAUUAGAAGUUGUCCCCUUAGAUUGUAUGAGAGCAUUAGAUGGUAUAUCAAAUACUGCAUCCUAUAAUGGACCAUCAGAAUUUCAAUAUAAAAUAUUAGAUAAAAAAAGACAUCAUCAUGAUCCAAAAUUUGAAAGAAAAUAUAAUCAAGAACAAAUUAAUGAAAAAAUAUUAAAAGAAGAUCUUGAACAUGAAAUUACCAAAUAUGAUCAUGAAGCAGAUAUUGACAUUUCAAGAAUAUCAGUAGUUCCAUUAUUAGCUGAUCGUGAUAAAAAACAUACAGAACUGAAAAACCCAAUAGUUCAAUUUUUAAGACCAGACGUAUUUUUAAAUUAUAGACAUAGCAAAAGAUUAUUACCAGCAAUAUGUAACGUUGAACCAGAUAUAAAAGAUAAUAAACAUGCUUAUGACGCACCAGCAAUAUCAGCAAAAUGUCCUGGUGUUUGGAUUCCAAGAGAUCCAAUGAACUUAGCUAGUAUAGAAAUUAAAGAUUUAUCUUCUGUUGUCGAUAUAAGUGAUGAAAAUGCUGGAUUUAAUGAAAAGGGAAAAAUUGUAUUUUUUGGUAAACCACCAAAUUAG